CAUCUUUCUAUCGCUCACUUGAAUCGGCACGCAGGUGAGAGCGAGCCGCCGUUGCAAUGGAUCGAAGCACGCCCGCGCCGCCCUCCGCCCGCGCUGUCCACAUUGCCUGGGAAUUCAGCGUCAUCUCGACUCUCCUGCUCGCCACAGCUACUCUCCUCUUCAUCGCAAGACUAUGGACUCGCUGCUUUCCGGUAUUUCGGAUGCUGGCAGACGAUUACGUUUGUGCAGUGGGUUACGUUCUCGUCGUCAUCAACACAUCUCUCUUCUUCAAGAGCGUCGAGUGGAUCUUUCCUUCUUGGAAAGGCGACCGGACCAAGUUCACAAUCGCUGACAUGGAGCAAUCUGCCUUCUGGGGCAUCAUCGCACAACCGUUCUGGGCAUGGUCCAUGGCCAUGGUCAAGAUAUCCAUUGGCCUGAUGCUGCUUCGCUUGGAGUCUGAUAAACCGUGGCGGCGAUUCCUUUGGGCCAUGAUUGCGUUUCAAGUUGUGCUUAGUGCGUACAACAUGCUCACACAACUGCUGGGCUGUAUACCUCUCAGCGAGAUGUGGGAUAUUUCUGACAACGUGCCGGGAAAGUGCUGGCCAUACCACGUCGAAUCAGCCAGUCAAGUCACAGUACAAGCCUUCGUCAUCCUGACCGAUUGGAUCUACGCACUGCUCCCGAUGAACUUCCUUCGCAAGGUCCAACGUCCACUCCGCGAGCGCGCCGUCAUUGGCCUGCUCAUGAGUCUGGGCGUGUUUGCUGGUGUCGCAUCCAUCAUCAAGAUCAAACAGAUUCUCACCCUCAAACACAGCCGAGACGCCUACGCUGACAUCAUCGUUAUCGAGAUGUGGUGUUCAAUCGAGGUGCUCACAGGUUUCGUUGUGUCUUGUGUGCCCUGUCUACGCGGACCUUUCCAGCGCGUCCUCGAGCACUACGGCAUCGUCACGCUACGCCAGGCCACCACGUACGCCUACGGGCAGUAUCCCGGAACACAAUAUGCGACGCACGUUACAAGUGGAAAGAACAGCAUGCUCGAUCCACCUCUUCGCAUGACGAGGGUCAACAGCUCCGGUGGCGAGUCAGUGGAGCACAUCAUCACGGGUAGCGAAACCGCCGUUAAGAACGGUGAGAUCUGGUGUACAACUGAAGUACUCAUGGAGGAGGAAGAAACGCAGAAAAUGCCGCGAGUUGCCCAGAGCAAGUCUCCUGGCUUGCCUUGGAGCGGCAGGUCGACUCCACGGCAAACGAGUCGGUGAUACUAGUUUUCAGCGAUAGUCAUGACCGGCGCACAAUGACAUGGUUCGGGUUGCUUUUAAGAUAUUCAAUUGCGGAAGCGAGGC